AUGCUGUUUCCAUCUUCAUGUGUUGUUCUUGCCACUGACCUUGCUGCUAAGUCUCUGCUCGUGGUUACGUGCCCAGGAUCGAAAUUAGCCGUGAGAAAACCUCAUAGUAUCCAUAAUUGGAUUCUAGAUAGGGACGUUACUUCAGACCCGUACCAGUCGCGUCAGCCUGUGAGAGUCGUCCGUCCUACGAAAUCUUCACUAUCCAUUGGAGUAGCUGGCCUCUGGGACAUUACGGUUAGCGCCUCUUCUGGCGUUGCGAGUCCCGUUUUAAACUAUAUGGCCAAAUGUCCGGACGAAGGUUGUUCAAGCUUCUUAGCAGAUAUGACCGAUUCAGACGCUCCUUGGUUCAAGAUUCAACAAGACGCCUUUGAUGUCGCCACCUCCACUUGGGCCUCGGACAUUCUGGCCAAUAACGACGCCAGUUAUGACGUUACUAUACCAAAGAACAUCGCCUCUGGAUACUACCUCCUUCGACAUGAAAACCUUGCGUUGCAUGGUGCGUCAUCAGAAGGCGGUGCACAGUUCUAUCCAGUUUGCGUUCAGCUUGAAGUGACUGGCGGAGGAGACAUGGAGCCUUCGGGUUUAUCCUUCCCGGGUGCUUAUAAUUCUACAGACGCGGGCAUCUUGUUCAAUGUCUACCUUAGCGACGAAAGUAAUGCGGCCUACGUUCCUCCAGGUGGAGAUGUUUACCCCGGUCUUAACGAUUGA